UUCUAACCAGUCUUCGACUGACUUUUGUUGUGAACAGGUGUGUUAGACCUCAUCGGAAAGGUCCUCUCUCUCGCGGCCAAUCGAUUUUGGGAGUAGUGAAAAAUCGAACAAAAAUUGCUUUUAGUGAUAAAAAUCUGCCGAUUCCCUCUGCAUACGUUAUUCGAUCGAUCAUUUCGAUUGAUUACUUUGUUUUAAUUGUGUCAUUGGCUGAAGGGCUCACUUUGUUGGAGAAAGAAAAAAAUAAUUAAAUUUGAUACCUAAAAUCGCAUGGUGUGGUGCGAUAGGUAAUUUUUUUCUUGAUUUUUUUUGCGAACCUUUUUGUUUCGAGUGUGUUUCGCUCGUUUCGCUAGUGUGAGAAAUAUAAGCAGAGUGGCAUACCGGGAAGGAAUUCAGAAAUAAUGGCGGAGAACGAAGAUUUAAGUAACAGCAGCAGUAGUAGUAGUAGUAGAGAGGAUAUGCAUUUUUUUGAAGGAGUCGAGAAGCUAUUGGAGAUCUGGUUUGAAUCGAAUUCAACCAACAAAAAUGCUGAUUUGAGAAAAAUUCCUAGAGCGAUGUGGGAUGCCUUGUUGAAAACGGUCCGAUGCGAAAUUAUCAGCUUCACCAGAAAUGAACAGAUUGAUGCGUAUGUGCUAAGCGAGAGCAGCAUGUUCGUAUCGAAACGUAGAUGGAUUCUGAAGACGUGCGGCACCACAACUCCACUGCAAUGUUUGGAACCAUUGUUGCGUCUUGCGGAGGAAAUUGCCGGCUACAGCGAGAUCGAGGAUCUGUUUUAUUCGCGCAAGAACUUUAAACGACCGGAAAUGCAAGUUUCUCCACACCGUGGUUUCGAGGAGGAAGUGGCCUUCCUCGAUUCAUUUUUCGAAGAUGGACGCGCCUACAGUCUGGGUGCGAUCAAUCGUGACUGCUGGUAUCUCUACACGUUGAGCCGCGGGGGAGGGGGCUCCGCCAAUAAGCAAUUGAUGAACAACAUUAAGAACAACAAUAACAACUUUAAUAAUCAGAACAACAAUAAUAACAACAACAACAAUGUUAACAGAACUAUUCAAACAACAAAUGUCGCGCUGACUCCGUUGGCCAAGUUGAGUCUAAUGGAAUCUCUGCAAUUACCCGAUCCAGAUCAGACCAUCGAGAUACUGAUGACUGAUUUGGACCCAGAGGUAAUGGCCGUUUUUACGAAAGAUGUUUGUAAUACGGCAAAGGAGGCAACCCAGAAAUCUGGUAUUCAUAAACUGAUCCCAGGGAUGGUGAUCGAUGAUUAUCUCUUUGAUCCGUGCGGUUAUUCAAUGAAUGGAGUAUCCAAAAGCUGCGCAAAAAAUUAUAAACAGGGAUGCUACAUGACAAUUCAUAUUACACCGGAGCCCGACUUUUCGUACGUCAGCUUCGAAAGCAAUGUCGCUUCAUCGAGUUAUGGUGAAUUGAUUGCACGUGUCAUCGAAACAUUCCAACCCGGGAAGUUUAUUGUGACUAUUUUCGCUAACAAGACAUCACCGGCCGCCAACGCAUUCCGUGAGCUUGAGCACUUGGCAACGAUUGAUCAGUGGAAGCGCCGUGAUAUCCAAUUUUCGCGCUUUGCCAGCUACGAUCUGACAUACGCUCAAUACUGUAAAUACCCAAGCUGAGGUUUACCGUGCCUAGCCCUUGAAGGGGCUAACUCAGCUUCUCCCUUUUUCCCAACUCCAUCCUGGUCCACUACUAAAUCCCUUUCCUCCGUUUUCAUCACCCGUUCUUCUCCCUUCACCUGUAUGUCCGCUCCAGUGGCUCUGUUCCGUGCGUUUUUCAACAUUUUUCCAGUGUUGGCAUCUCUCAGCUUUGCUAUCAAUUACUUCUUCGGCCUGGCGGAUAAUGAAUACAACAGCAACAACAACAGCAACAACAACAACAACAACGGUAAAAUCAAUGAUGUAGAUAAAAUGGACCACAGUGUCGAUAAAUCUCAAGAUCGGUGCUUCGAACUAUCGACCACUGAAAAAGAUGAAAACUUCAUGAAAUUCUACAGUCAAAUGAGAAAGCUGAUCGAUUUGCCAACGGUAUUGUUCACAAUAAUUCUAAUUCAGUUAAUUUCAUUUGUACUAGUGCUGAACAUUGAGGAGUGCUCGCCGCUAGUUUUAUUUUCUUGGUGGCGCAACAAGAUAUCCUGAAAUUGACUACUACGUGGCAAACGACCGGUUAGCAGCAGUCUCGGCUGCUGCCUCCUUCCGUUCUGAUGCCUUACCUGAUGUUCAUACUUAUCGCUACUGUUAUUAUUUUGAUAAUAAUACAUUAUCGAUCAUCAUGCGUUUUCGUUCCGCUCCCUUGCGGAGCGAAACUUAUACAGAUGAGUUCCCCCGUCGAUGUUGCUACAAUGUUUGGUUUAUUUGCAGCCAAUCGGUUGUUGCCGGCCACCUGAUAGUAGCUAUCGCGAUCAUCGCUGCAGUGUCUGUAUGUGAUAUGCAUACAAAAUCAUUACCACUAUCGUAUGUUUCGUUUACCAUAAGCUGCUCUCACGGCGAUACGAUCCACAGUAAAUUUAAAGUUUUAAGGGGAAAUUUUAUAAACAGCAAAACAAACCAAGCAAUUGUUGAUAGAAGCAGCCGGUGUAGUGCAGUCUCUCUCGAUCAAAUAACCUACAAUCAACAGCUAGAUGUUGUAGUCGUUCAGUGUAACCAGCACCACCGAGAGAUGCACCACCGAUACAUUACCUUUUUUAGCACCUUAUACAAAAUAAUGGCUAAUAACAAUGGUAAUAACAGCUAUCUGCUAAAUGUCGUAGAUUUCAAUUUUAUCAUGAGGAUAGUAAACCACAAAAUGAUUCUAGUUGAAAGUAUAAUAUUCACUUAUCUAAUAUCAUUGGAUCUGUAUUCGUAGCAAAAAAAAAACAAAGAAAAUAAAAUUACAUGAAUAUUACAUAAUAACCACCAACAUUAAACUAAAAGCAUUUUAACAAAAAUUAUCAAAGAAACCGGUUCAAUAUGAAUCGAAAUCAGUUACAGUGUUUACUACUUUUUUUUCCUACAUUUUCGAUAGAACAUUCUUCGCCGUCGCUGAUUCCAUGACGGUGGAUGUGCGAACUAACUGUGUCAUAUAUAAUGAAACUUUCUAAAAUAAUAAAUAAUCAUAUUAUAUUAAACUGAACAAACCAAAAGCAACAAACAUACAAAUUGAAUGAAAAUACAAAGCGAGAACGACUAAGGAAGAAAAAAAAACAAAAAUUGCUAUAUGAUCACAAUGAGGGUCUGAAACCGAACCAAUAAGAUUGAACAUGUAACUGAAGAAUCAGAGACCUAGUAAGCAGUUAAAUAUGUAAAAUAUUUAAUUAACACUGUUGAUAUUUGUCCAACAAAAUAGUGAACAACAAGAAACAAAAGUUAAGCAAUUGAACUACUAUUUCAUGGGCGUUACUAAAUAAGCUUCCGCAGUUACUAAGUGAUUAAAUCGGCUCCUUACAAGGUCUCUGCUAUGCGCAAAGCGAUAUAUUUUUCUAAUUAAUAAUAAAUCAUUUCAAAAAACAAAACCUAGUUGUAAGAUUAUUGUUACGUGAAACAAGAUCGUUUGAUUUUGACUGGAUUCGCAAUAAUCGUUAUCGGGACUUUUCAGAAGUGUUCAGUUAUACUUUUCACAAAUAAAGUUAAACAAAUGAUGUAAACAAUAAAUUUAUCAUUCAUAGUAUAAGUAAGUUUUCCACAAUUUAAUUUCAGCGAAUAAAAUAGUUUAAUUGGUAUGCGGGAGA